AUGGUGGCUCCUUCCAUUUUAUCUAUUUAUUCGGAUCUGUUGAUUGAACGGACAAAUCUUAAACAUACAUCAAAUUUAUGUCAAUCAUUAUUGGAAUCUCUUUUAUCUCGCUUUGGUGGUUUGUUGGAGCAAAUGUCAUUAACAAUUGAAAUUACAGAAAAGAAGAAAAAUAAAAAGUUUUAUGACCUGUUUAAAGAUCCUGUUUUUUUAAUGGCACCUUUCUUGGAUGGUCGGUUUCGUUUAAAUUGGAUUUUGCGUGAAAGUGCGCCUAUUUUGGAACAAGCACGAGAAGAAUUAUCGGCUAAAAUACAGCAACUCGUAUUGGAGCAGUGCAUUUUAUUGCAUCGGGAUCCGAUAACAACGCCAUCUCAGGCAUUGGAUAAUGAUUGUUCGUCAUCAACACUUACGUCAACAGCGCAAGCACAAUCGUCUGCUGCUAGUGCUGCAACAAGUCCCGUCACACCAAAACGAAAACAAUUAUUUGGUAACAUCGUCCAUGAAACAAAAAGAACAAAGUCUGAUCCAUUUAGUAAUAUUAAAGAUGAGAUAUUGAGAUAUCUAAAUGAUGAUAUUACCGAUCCUAUGAUUCUUAUAAAUUCUACAAAUAUCUAUCCGACAUUAUCAAAAUUAGCAAUGAAGAUUUUGUCGAUUCCUGCUACAUCAGCUCCAGUCGAACGAGUUUUUAGUCAGAGUGGUUUCUUAUUCCGACAACAUCGUGCCUCAAUGACACGAACUACAUUGCAACAACUGACAAUGCUUAAAUCUGGUAUGUUAACGGCAUUUUUUUAA